AUGUCUUCCGUUGUGUACAUUAAUCCAGACGACCUCAACAAAGUCGACCAACCGAAGACAGCAAUUGCAAUCGAAUCAGCAGCCGUCGGACGCCAAAGAACCUUCCUCAGAGCAAAAUCCAACGGCAAACUUGAUCCCUUCCUUCAUACAGACAAUGACACCAUUGGAUUCGACUUAGCAUUCAUCGCGGAACCCGUUUCGGGAGGUCGUCUUCACAUUGGUAGCCAAAUGACCCUUCGAAGCGCUCAUUGGAAAGACCGAUAUCUGCAUGUCACCUGUGAUGGCCCUGGUCUAUACACUGUGUCAUGUAAAGUUCGUGAACAGGCUGACGAUCCGCGGUCACACUUUUACUUUGUACGCUUGAAGGCGGAGAGCAACGCGCUGUCUAUUGGGUCUGUUGGAUGUCCAGGAAGAUUUAUUGCCAUGAAUAUGGAAAAGGAUGAAGAUGGGACUGGGGGAGUUGUCAGCAGCCGGGUAGGAUACUCAAAUGCUACGUGGUUCUAUCUCACGCCUGUAAAGAUCUAA